AUGGCGUCCUACCAGGGGCUUCAACCAAGGGUAAAUGGAAUAUAUUUGGAUACAAGGAACCUGAAGAAUAUGAUAAACAAACCUGAGAUCGCAUUGGGUUUCCUGUGUGGCUUAUCAGUGAUAUACUCUGUAUUGAAGACAGCCAGUUGGAGAAGACGAAUUGGAUAUCGAAUGAUUGAUGUUCCAACAAUCUUGAAGUUCUUGCUGUUUUAUGCUGGAGACUUGGCAAAUGCCUUCUUUGUUAUAUUAUUUGGAACAGGCCUUUACUGGCUUAUAUUUUUCAAGGGUCAACGGAUUGUUUCUGUUUUUCUGCCCACACCUAGCCAAGAGGGACACUUUAUUGCUUGUGUGAUCAGUGCAUUUGUCCUAAAGUUUCUUCAGCUUUUACAUCAACUGGGAAUACAGUUAACUAUGGAUAUCUUUUUCAUUGACUGGGAGAGACCCAAGGGUAAAAUUAUCAAGUCUGUUGCAGGUGGAGGUGAUAUAAAGACUGCCCCAGCUCCUGUGAGCAUUUGGAGGACAUACUUCGUAGCAAAUGAAUGGAAUAACAUCCAAACAAUCAGGAAAACUAAUCCUAUUUUUCAAAUCAUUGCUGUUAUUUUCUUUUUGAAAGUUGUUGGAUUUGAAAAUCUGACUUCAAUGGAUCCUUAUUCUCAAUUAAAAAGAACUGCUGAGAGUGAUGUUGUACCAUCAAGCCGUAUACUGAGAUUUGGCAUGGCCAGUACUAUUUGGUUGACGAUUGGUCUCAUUCAGAUAGUGUUCUGUACUGCUAUUUAUGAACGAUUUAUAGAAGACAGAAUAAGUCAAUUUAUUGAUGUAUGCUCAGUAAGUAAUAUAUCUGUGAUGAUUUUCUCACACAGAUGUUUUGGAUAUUACAUCCAUGGUAGGUCUGUGCAUGGUCAUGCAGACACCAACAUGGAGGAAAUGAACCUCAAUCUAAAGAGAGAAGCGGAAAACCUUUGUAGUCAAAGAGGCUUGAUUCCGAAUACGGACAUUGAGACAUUUGAGAUAUUCAUCACAAACAAGAUCAGAGAGAAAUAUGACAAGAUUCGAGAGCCAUUACAUUGGAGAAAUGAAUCUGAUCGCCUCUUGAAUCAAACUAGUGAUUUAUUUGAACGUAGAAUGAAAGCUUAUAAUACCACUAAUAAAUUUCUUGCUUCAUUCAUUGAUCAUGUGAGUAAUCUAUUACAUUUAUCUACUCUGAAAGUGACAACAGUGUAA